AUGCCGCUGGACUCGAUCUUGGCAGUCUUCCAGAAGCUGGAUCACAUCGACAUCCUCAUGGGGGCUGACCAGGUGUGCCGCUCUUGGCGCCGCGCGGCGCGGGAUGAGCCCGUGCUGUGGCGCCGCAUCGUCAUGCGCGGCAACGCCGAGCUCGCCUUCAGGCUCAACCGCCAGGGGAUGGCCUGCGCCGCCGUCCAACGCAGCCUGGGGCAAUGCGAGGCAUUCUGUGGCGAGUACGCUGGCGACGACGGAUUCCUCUUGGCUCCCUUUUUGAAGAGCCUUCGCCUCAUUUCUUGUGCCAUUUCACUUGAUGGGCUUGAAGAGCAAUUAACAAGGUUUCAUCUACUCGAGGAGCUCGAGCUGUCGCAGUGUCCAGAGCUAAUAAGGACUACGGUGCACGAGAUUCUUCAGCGAGCAUGCCCAAUGCUGAAGCAUUUCCGAACGAACAAACAUUACUUCCAUGAACGGCGAUGGAUCAUCCCCAAGGACCUUGAUGCCGAGGGUAUUGCAACUAUGCAUGAGCUGCGCUCAUUGCAGCUCAUUGCCAACGACCUCACCAACAAAGGGCUGGCAGCAAUCUUGGAGAACUGCCCGCACCUGGAGUCACUUGACCUACGCCAUUGCUUCAACAUCGACAUGGACAGUGUAGACGAUGAUGAGGGCACGCUGCUGCGAGAGAAGUGCGCCCGUAUUAAGACGGUGCGACUUCCUCGAGACUCGAUGGAUGAUUGCGACUUCAAGGUUGGAAGCCCUAGGUUCGCUUGCAAAGAAAUAGACUACGACAGUCCGUACGACACAUACCUUUGGGAGUCAUUGUCAGAGAACUCCGACGAUGAUUACUCUGGUCCUUCACGUUACGAGGCCGACCUCGACAAAUACGAGAAGGUGCUUCCUAGGAGCAUGCGCACAUUUCUGUAA